UUCGUUCGUUCAUCAUUCAUUACUUAAAUUUUCAUGAAUUACGGAUUACAUUUUAUAUCCAUUAAGAAAAUCACGUUAAUAUCGAUGAUUGAUUAAUAUAAUUAUAAAUUGCUUUAAUUUUAUUAUUAAUUUAAUUGAUUAAAAUAUGGCUACAAACGCAGAAGUAACCGGGCCAGUAUCCCAAGAGGAUAUAGAGGCAGCAGAAAAAUUGAAAAAUGAAGCUAAUGAAUUCUUUAAAAAGCAAAAUUACGAUGCUGCUAUCGAAUUGUACACAAAAGCAAUAGAGAAAAACCCGAAUAAUGCGGUUUUCUUUGCAAAUAGGAGCAUAGCUAAUUUAAGAUUGGAAAACUUUGGAUACGCGCUCGUCGAUGCAUCUAUGGCGAUAGAUUUGGAUAAAAAUUAUACAAAGGCCUAUUACAGGCGAGCGGCAGCUCACAUGUCUUUAGGAAAGUACAAAUUAGCCCUUAAGGAUUUUGAAUUUGUAACCAAAGUAAGGCCAAAUGACCAGGAUGCUAAGAUGAAAUAUACUGAAUGUAAUAAGAUUGUUAAGAAAAUUGCAUUUGAAAAAGCAAUAGCCGUGGACAAGAAGGAAGUGAAUAUAGCAGACUCUAUCAAUCUUGAUGCUAUGACAAUUGAAGAUGAAUAUGAAGGUCCAAUGCUGGAAGAUGGUAAAGUGACAGUUAAAUUUAUAAAUGAUUUAAUUGAACAUUACAAACAAGAAAAACAUCUACACAAGAAAUAUGCAUAUAAGAUCCUCAUUGAUGUUAAAGCAUAUUUAAGUAAUCAGCCAACUCUUGUCGAUAUCAAAGUACCGGAUGACAAAAAGUUCACUGUAUGUGGUGAUAUACAUGGCCAGUUCUACGAUUUGAUGAAUAUAUUCAAGUUAAAUGGAUUACCGUCUGAAGAGAACCCUUACUUGUUCAAUGGUGACUUUGUCGACCGAGGAUCUUUCAGUGUUGAAUGUAUAUUCACAUUGUUUAGUUUUAAACUUUUAUAUCCCGACCACUUUUUCAUGUCACGAGGUAAUCAUGAAUCAUUGGAUAUGAACCGUAUGUAUGGGUUCCGUGGUGAAGUGACAUUUAAAUACACAGCACAAAUGGCGGAUUUAUUCACGGAAGUUUACAACUGGUUGCCGCUGGCUCAUUGUAUUAAUAACAGAGUGCUGGUGAUGCACGGUGGAUUGUUCUCUAGUGAUGACGUCACGCUAGACGAUAUACGGAACGUGGAUAGAAAUAAACAGCCUCCGGAAGAUGGUAUAAUGUGCGAGCUGUUAUGGUCAGACCCGCAGCCAAUGGUAGGACGGUCACCAUCAAAACGAGGUGUUGGCUGUCAGUUCGGACCUGACGUCACCCACAGCUUCCUAGAGAGGAACCGCCUCGACUACAUCAUCAGGAGCCACGAGGUCAAGAGCGAUGGAUACGAAGUAGCUCAUGAUGGUAAAUGUAUCACCGUCUUCUCCGCACCGAAUUAUUGUGACACAAUGGCGAACCUGGGAGCUUUUAUAACAAUGAAUGGUAAAGAUUUGAAGCCAAACUUCACGACGUACGAGGCUGUGCCUCAUCCAAACGUCAGACCAAUGACAUACGCCCACCCAUUCUUCAGUACAUUAGUCCAGUGAACAAGGCCCACACUGUAAUUUAUAUUUACCAACAAUAAACCUACAAAAUACAUCCACAAAAAACAUCACAAAUACAACUGUCCAUACAAUUUUGUAUGGAUUUAAUGUAUACGUCAAAUGAAAUAUUGUUUUUAUUCAAGGUAUGUCAUGUUCAUUUUUAUAUAAUUUCAAAUGGAUUUAGUUAUGCAUUUUAUUAGUAACUGUGGGCUUCUGAGAGCCAAAUCUCCGUUUAAAACCAAUAUGUUUUUAAAGAUUUCAGUCUCAGAAACCCACGGUAAAUAUUCUAUUCUAAACUUCAAGACUUGUGAGUACAAUGUUUAGUUAAACAGGCGUUUUAAUUAUAGUUUUAUUUAAUUAUUUUCUCUUACAUGUGACCAGUUUUAAAUCCCAGGUUUUCUUGCAAUUAUUAUUUAGAACUAAAUAUAUAAAAAGAUUCAGUUAUUCUAAAAAAUAUGGACAGCUCCGAAACAUUCCUUAAUGUGCUAUAGUUCUGUUUUUAAUAUAAAUUCCGUUUAAUAUUCACUUAAUGUUAAUAUUAAAUUUGAAUAUAUCGUAGCUGUCAGAAAUUCCAAUACCAUAGACCAUAGAUAAUUUUAUAAUGUAUACCACCGCGGCGUACAGCCAGCCAUAAACAAUUGCUCAUUUUUUUUAUUUAGAAAUACCUCUGAAACCACUGAACUAUAAAUAUCCACUGGAUACGAUCUUACAAUAUUACAUCUUUUGAUUUGUUACAAUUUAAAGUAAUUUGAAGUUACUGUCAAUUACUAGCAAAUGCUACUUUUAAUGUCAAAUAGGCACAAAAUAACACGGCUUAUAGCCUCUAGUGGAAUAAAGUGGUCAGUCUGAAACACAAUUGACUAAAUCUUUCAACUAAUUUGCCCAUUUCCA